AUGGUAGAAAUCAAGAGGAUCAUUCAGAGAGGAUCAAACAUCAAAGAUUUUAGAACAAAGAAAAUUUUUGUGGGUGGAAUUCCGACAACAGUCGAUGAAGAUGAAUUCAGGGACUUCUUUUUGAAGUUUGGAGAUGUGAAGGAGCAACAAAUUAUGAGUGAUCAUUCAAGUGGCCGUUCUCAUGGCUAUGGAUUUGUUACGUUUGAGACUGAACAGUCUAUUGAUGAUAUCUUGGCAAACGGCAACAAGCUUGAUUUUGCUGGAGUUCAGCGGCUGAGUAACUCAAGAGCUGGAUUUGAAGAUACUUACGAUGGAUUUGGUGAAAAAGAUUUUGGUACAAGAGCCUAUGGAGGUAGAGGUAGCAGUUAUUGUGGGUAUGGUAGAAGUGAACUUGGUGUUUACAGUGGAUGUGGUGUGGGUGGUUAUGGAGGUUUUAGAGGGGAUCCUUCAUUAGAAUAUUCCAGCCGUUAUGGGGGAGGUAAUGGUAGAGUCUAUGAUUUAGGUGGCGAGUAUGGUGGGCCUGGUGAGAGAUAUGGAGGAUAUGGUGGUGGUGGAUAUAGAGGAUACAGUGUUGUUACUAGUUUUGGGGGUGGCUAUGGAGGGGUGACAGCGGCUAUGGAGGUGGCAGUGGAGGUCACGCUAUCGAAAUAG